UUCACGCAAAGCAGAAGCACAGAAACACAGAGGGUUUUUAAAGUCUGCCACCAUGACUGGUGCUGGCUUCAGUCUUUGGCAUCACAAGCAGCGAACACUUCCGGCACCAUGGAUCAGACUGACUCUUCUGUGAAUGGAGGUGUGCUCAUCAUCCACCAGGUCAAUGAAGGAAAGCACCAGUAUGAUGUGGAAAACGUGUACAAGAAUCGGAUUGGGAAGAAAAUGUUUGUCAGGAGAGGGGACAGGCUGAUGCAGAUAAACGGUGUGGAUCUGCAGGAUCUCACACCGGAGGAGUUGGCAGAGAUCUUAGCUGAGGGGAAUCCGAUUCUGAUGGUGCACAAGCAGAGAAAGAAGAAGAAGCUCGAGGAGCUGCCGCCCGGCGACGACAACACUUUAUAUCCAGUUUCUAAGGAAUCCACAAUGCUCAGUUUCUGCAUGGAGAUGAGGAGGGAGGAGGAGAAUGAAGUGGGAGAAGAAAGUGAGAAAGGGUGUCCAGAGGGGGAUGCUGGUCAAGGUGAAAGUGAGGAGAUCGGGGAGAAGAGGGACAUGCUCAUCGUUACCAUGACACAAACCAACAUCUCCAUGGUGGCAGGGCGGGGGUGCAGCUCCGAGAGUUCCUGUCAGGGAUGUGAUGGGGAAGGAUGUAACUUUAACGAUGUUGUCAUAGUCUCUGAGUCCAGCACAGUGACACUUGUUCCAAGAAGAAGCAGCAAUUUCAGUCAGGUUCAAGGGUUGAACGCUUCAAUCAAGCAUGUGGCCACCCACAAUUACCUGAGAACCUUGUGCUCACAGAAAUCCAUCUACGCUUCACCCAAUCCAGAGAAUAUGACCAUCUACUACUACAAGUCAAACGUGACUUUCAGAGGAAUACCAGUGGUUCUAAACAUCACCGGCUCCAGCUCCUUCCUCAAGUGCAACAAGGAGGAAGAGAGGGUGUUUCUACAAGUGGAGACGUGCGAAAAACGGAGUCUGAGCCGGAUUUCCACGACCGAUGAGAGCAAACUGUCCUUCCUCUUCUACAUGAAUUCUGACUCGACAGCACACACCAAGUUUGAGUCAGCGCUGCACCUCGGAUGGUUCAUCCAAAUCCUCAACUCGGACUCACCAGUGAGAAUGAGAACCAUGGAUGGAAGCGAGCAGGACCACACAUUCAUCUUCAUCAUUCAGAAAUGAUGGGGACGUCUUUGUCUUCUCAGUCAAGUCAUUUACAGGAGACAUAUUAUUCUUUUUACUUGUGUGCUUUAUUGUUUUUUUGGGGAUGUAAAAGUUCUGCAAAGUCAAAAUGCCCAAAGUCUGCAUCAAAGGGAGCUCCCACAGAAAACCCUGCUCCUGAAGCUCCUGAAGCUCCUGAAGCUCCUGAAGCUCCUGAAGCUCCUGAAGCUCCUGAAGCUCCUGAAGCUCCUGAAGCUCCCGAAGCUCCCGAAGCGUCUUGUCAGUAGUCCAGCCGAUACUUCCACUUCAUCGUGUCAUGUGACAUCAUGAUAUCCAACAUUUGCAUAAUCCCUGUUUAGCAGCUAGUCUGACAUACCCCCAGAAAACGGUUGACCAAUUAGAGCAGACUGAGCUUAAUUGGGAGGGAGGCCUUAAAGAGACAGCAGCUAAAACCAAGUGUUUCAGACAGAGGCUGAAAAGAGGAGCUGCAGCAAUCGACAGUGAGAGGAAAGUGAACAUCAGCGCAUGUAAUACCUCAAAUUAGUCAACCUGAAUAUCAGAAUUAUAUGUCUCCUUUAAACAUACAAAAUUAUCUUGUGACUUUUAUUUGGGACUUGAAGGUGACAUUAGAAUAAAGAAAAACAUUUGAGGAGUUCCUUUGUUUGAGCCACUGGUCCAGUAACAGAACCAAAUGUCACUGUGUCAAAUUCUGUAAUUGCAGUGGUGCAUAGAUAUUAUUCUUACAACUAUGUGAAGUUGAAAGGAAACACAAUCUAAUUGUAUGUGUGUAUAUGUUUGGUCCAGACUUCAACAACAUUUUUUGUUGUAGGGCAGUGUGUUGUUUAAAGUGAACUUUUUGUGUAUGUAACUAAAUAUAUAUAUAAAUAUAUUUAAACAGGCAA